GAAGUCAACAAGUAAAUUGAACAUUCGCAAUGAAUCAAAUAUUUCGAUUUCAUUGAUGUGUCAAAGACAUCGACAUUGAUUACCUCUUAGCUUUUUGAUAUGUCUUCCCAGGAAAUCGGCACUGCACUGAAAUAUGUGUCGAGUUCCUCUGAAAAACAUAUUUACAAUGGACUAGUUUCCAUUCGCAAGAAACUGAUGAAAAGUAAAUAUGCAGAGAAACAGCUGAGAAAUAAAGGCAUCAUCAGUAAAUUGUUGCACAUUCUCCAUACUCAAGAUCUAACACAGAAAGAGAACAAACUAUUAGAUAUUACACUUAGUAUAUUGGGUAAUUUCUGUAUGGAAGAAGAGGCUCGAUCUGAUGUCCUGAAAAUCGGUUAUGGAAUAACAUGCAUUGCUGAUUGUGUGUUAGAGUCACCAUGUAGCAGUAUACAGAACAGAGCAGCUAGAACUCUGGCUAAUCUAGCUUUAAGUCCACUGUCUAUUAAACGUAUUGUACAGUCUGAAGUUCUACCUCAACUAGUUAAAUUAUUAUUAGAAUGUAAAGUUAAAGAAUCUCAACUUGUGUAUUGUAGAACUCUAAGAUUGAUAGGUAGUAAUUUGUAUGGUAAAGAGAAAGUAUUAGAUGAAAAUGGAUUAUUUGCUGUAGCUAAGUUAAUGUCUAGUGAUGAUGAUGAGGUUGUAAAGAAUAGUUUGAGAACUGUGGCUGAUUUAUCUGUAUCAGGAUGUUCCUUCAAGUUUGCUCGUCAGAUUUUGGCAGCAGGAAUUGUUAAUGUGAUGACAGAUAAAGUGAUGAAUGACAACAAUACAGUAUCCCAUAAUGCUUUAUCAACUCUAAUUCGAUUGGCCGAAUAUGAAUAUAUCCGUCCUGUGAUUGGUUCAGCUGGGGGAAUUCUUUUAUUCAUCAAUUUACUGACUGAUACUCGUCAACAUGUAGACCAUAUUAAGAUAUUGAAUGUCCUCUGUUUGUGUGGUAAGGAGUCUGUCAACAGAGUCAAAAUUCGUGAAAAUGGAGCUUUGGAGAUUCUGUUGUCAGCUUUAGAGGGUGAGAAAUAUGCUCGAAUACAUGACAGAAUUAUCAGCUGUUUUCUAAGCUAUUUAUAUGAUGAAUCAAGUCUGAAUUUACUCCUGGACAAUAAACUUAUUAAUAUUUUACUCAAGCAUUUACAGCGCUGCACAGAAUUCAAAUCCAGGACCAUCACAAUAACUUUUGAUGAGAAAAUGGCUGUCACUGAAGAAAUGAUUAUGGAAACCAAAUCUGACUUGAUUUUAGCAAGACCAAAACAGAUUCCUAAAAGAUCAAAAACAAGAGGGAAAAGGAAAUGUGAACUGGAAAUCAAUAAGGACAAACUAUUGUCAUCCCCAGUGUCUUCAAAGUCCCAAAAUAUGGAGGACAGUAGUAAGGGAUUUGUGUCGAUGCCAGUUCCAACUGCUGAGUUAAUAAGUUCAACCAUUACCAUGAGACCAGAGGAGGCAUCUUUUACUGUUACUGCCUCAUCUGAGGUUGAUUCAAUGACUGAUAUUAGUGAUAUACCAAGCUCUAGCAGUAUUUCUAUUGAAAUUCCCUCAACUAAAGACAAUAGAGUAUAUAGUAUAGAUAGUCCCACUUAUUGCAAUCAUUUAUGGGAACCAUCUCCAUUAAGUAAAGGUGUAACUUGCAAGAGAAGCUUCUCUCCAGUUCCAAGUUCUUCAAGAGGUUCCUCUCCAACUGCAGUGUCUUCUAGAAGUGGCUCCUACAGUCCUUUAAGUAAUGAAUCGUACUAUUCACCAGGUGUGUCAUCUCCUUCUUACAGCAUUCCCUCCCCAGAUAGUCCUAAUAUGCCUUACUCCACUGUAUGGAGUCAACCUUACCAGAGUGACAGUAGUGAUGAGUUAUCUUCCUUGGGUACUGGUGUUGCAGCUGCAUCCUAUUGGACUUUCUCUUCUUCAGAGGAAGAAGAAGCAUCAAAUGAAGACUCCAAUGGUAGUGCAGCUGUUACUGCUGCUGAAGUAGAACUAAAAUCCGAAGGUAAUGAUCAAUUACUGGAAGAGACCAUGGUAGAAUCGGAUCACUCUGAUGAGAUGUCCACAUUUAGUGAUGCAUGUAGCUCUUUAAGUCUCAGUGAAAAGAAACCAGAAAGUCCCUGUGAUACACAAGUUAAAAGAUGUGGAAAACAUAAAAGGACUUCAACAUCUGAUAAUUCUGACACUAACCUAGAAACUAAACGAUGCAAAACAACCUCUAAGAGAUUACCAGCUUCUAAAAUUACUGAAUCGAACAUAUUAAUCUUACUUUCCAGAGUCUCAGUUAAAAAUGACCCCUCACCUUAUUUGGCUCUGCCAUCUGUUUUGUGCUGUAUGUUAGAUUAUAUUCGAGAUGUUCCAAGUGCACAGUCAAGAUGUGUGAGGACAAUUUCUAGAAUUUUACGCGAUCCUAUGUGUUUGGACAGCUUACUAAAUAUUGGAGCACCUGUUUUGAUUUACCAGAAACUGGUGUUGAAUGGCAAAGGAGUGGAUUCUUCUGAUGUGAGAUCAUUGCUCUCUAAAUCUAAAGUCAGGUUAUCAAUAGACUCUAAUUCCUCAUGGACCAGCCCAUUCUCAUCCCCUCGACAAACCAGUAGCGACUUCUCUCCUGAUCCCACAGGCAAACCUUGGAACUUCCCUACAGAUCCUGGUUCACCAACUAGUCCUGGCUCCAGUUCAGAUUAUUCUGUAGCUAGUCCUCAUUUUAAAAAGGAAGAAAAAGAAGAGCCUCCUAUUGAUUAUGAACAAGCUGGUCUUGAAUUACUACGAGACCUCAGUUUCACUGCAGAAUCUCCUUUUGGACAAGGGGCAAUAACUCAUACAUUACUGAGGAAAUCUAAAGCUGAGAGAUUGUCCUGUUGUUUAUCACUACAGUUCCUCUGCUGGAGUUCUAGUAUGCAGGAUCAUUUCUUGGUGAAACAUUUCACACUGUCAUCAUUGUUAGAGGUGAUCAAGGAAAAACAUAACCACACCAUGUUACCUUAUAUAGUCAGUGGACUCAAUUUUCUCGCAAGGAUUUCCAAUAUGAAGCGGAAACUAACAAAAGAGAGCCCAGUUAAAUUUCCUAAGUUAGUAACUGAUGGAGAAGAGAAGUGCUGGUAUUGGAAUUGUAAUCAUGAUGUAUUUUUUCAAGUCUGUGAUGUUCAGCUUGGUGGAAAUCGUGAAAUUUUGGUCAAACAGUCACCCGUCUUUGCUGCGAUGUUGGAAGGACAUUAUUGUGAAUCCAACCAAUCAGAGAUUAGUAUUCAAGACACAUCCCAUGAUGCAUUUCUAUUUAUUCUACAUUAUUUACACGGAUGUGGCUUGGACUGUCCUAUGCUAAUGAAAUAUUACAAUGAUAGUCCAGAUGUUGAAUUCUGGGAAAAUGCGCUCAGUCUGUGUGAUCGUUAUUUGUGCCAGUCGCUAACUAACUUCCUUAUUUGGGUAUUAGCCUCUCGAUAUUUAACCUUUGACCUUUUUUUCCAUGUGUUUAUGUAUUCAGCCUUUCACGGGUUCCAUCCUUUAACCAAUGAAUGUGUAAGGAUGUUGUUCAGUGCUGAAAAGCCAGUCAUAUUAAAAGUGGGAAUUUUUAAGAACAUUGUUCAGAAUAAAGGAGCUGAUUUCUUAUGUACUGCCAUUAAAUCUGUUUUCAGUGAAUUUAUCGGUAAAAAUUUCAAGUGAUAUUAUUAGUAUUUAUUUGUUAUAUGAAAUAAAUUAUCUAUUU